CAGGCGCUCAUCGGCACGCAUUGCCGCCAAAGGGCUUCAAAAAGGGGCCCAGAAGGCCUGCCAGCCAGCAAUAAACACAAAAACCACAACGAAAGCCAAUUGAAACCUGUGGCCACUUGUCACACACGUAACCGAAAGUGCCAGUGACAGUUGUUGUUAUAUUCUUGGCGUCUGUCUCGAGUGGUACAACAAAAAAAAAAAACAAAUUAAUUUAUAUACAAGGAAAUACCGGCUGGACAGCGGAGUUCGCGUGUGCGUGUUUCGAUUUUGCGGCACUACAAAAACCGAUACGAAACUCCAUUUAUGACCGCCGUAAGUCGUAAGCCGUGAGUUGUGGGUCGUCUUGUACGUGUUUACGCUAUACUUUAUAUAUAUACAAAAAAAAAAGAAGCAAGAAAAAGAAUGAGAAACGUGCGGCAAAUUGCGGGAAACUUCUUCUUGGAGUGGGUAUAGAAAUCAAAAAGAAAUUCCAUUUUAACAAAUCGAUUUUGGGAUGUUUUUUUAUAUUCGAAUGCGGACAGCAAUAUAAAUAGAACCGCGUUCGGGACUAAUGACAAAUUAAAUUGUUGGCACACACCCAAAAAAAAAAGGUAGCCGAAAAAAGAAUAUCACAACAUCGCAGGCAUUAAAAAAUUACGAACCGCGCGUGUUAAAAGUUUGAGCUGUUAUCAACCAAAACAACAACAACAACAAGUUUAAAAGCAUUAACAAUAAACUGCGAUAAAAGCAACAGAAAAACGGGAAAAGUUUCAUUAUUUUUGUGAGGCAGUGCCGCCAAAGCGUCAGGAGGCAAAUCAGGAAGGACAAUGAAGGCGUCGCGGCUCGCGGGCUCAUCCUGCCGCCAUUCCACCGCUCAUCAUCAACGGCGGACGUUGGGCGCGUGUUGAGCAAUUCCCGUGUCGCCGACUGUUGCGCGCUUGAGUGUUGAAUCGAAGCACGGUCUCGACUUUUUGCCAUUGCCAACAACGACUGCGAGGAGAUCCGGAAGGAAAAGCGACCUGCGGAGGAUUGGGAAAUGGAGUGGAGCCCGGUCGGAGCUUUGAGCAAACACUUGAAACACAGAGCAGCAGAGGCAACCAGGAUGACGGCGAACUUCGGCGGCCUUGUUUGCAUUGCAGAUUGCAAUUACUCGCGUUUUAAAUUACGCACAGCAACCAGGGCAAAGAUAAACCACGAGAACAGCGGAAAACCAUUUGGGAAGGAACUUGAAUGAGCUGCGUUUCAAUCUCCGUGUGAAAUCGAAGAGAUGUCCGGGGUUAACGUCGCUGACAUUUUGGCCACGACAAUGACAUUGCCCAUGACAGCCACAUCAGCAACAUCCACGGCGGCAACAUCCAGUAGGCUGAGCAAAUCGAUUGCAGAGUUCGUUGCAGGUGGUGCAGCAACAGCAACAUCAGCGACAAACAGUAACAGCAGCCACUCGAAACUUGCAACAUUAUCGAGCCACAUUUCCACAACAGCAACGGCUGCAGUGGCAGCAACAUCAACAACGACGACGACGACCAGUUUGCCUAUAACAUCGCAAUUUGUGAAUGCCUCGUUGACUUCGCUAUCAUUAACAGCCACAUCGUCUGGCUCGUUUUCGUCCUUUCCGUCCUCGGAGUCCCCGUUCGAGUUCCUCGCAACAGUUGGGCCAAACAUUACGGCCAAUGCCAGCGACAUUGUCGUGGAGAGCCAGGAGGAGCUGGAGGAGAGCUGGCUGGAUCUAUCGCUGCUGCUGCUGAAAGGCUUUAUCUUCUCGUCAAUUAUCCUGGCCGCAGUCCUGGGAAAUGCGUUGGUCAUCAUUUCAGUGCAGCGCAAUCGAAAGCUGCGGGUGAUAACCAAUUACUUUGUUGUGUCGCUGGCGAUGGCCGACAUGUUGGUGGCCCUCUGUGCGAUGACAUUCAACGCCUCCGUGGAACUGUCCGGCGGAAGGUGGAUGUUCGGACCGUUCAUGUGCAACGUGUACAACAGCCUGGAUGUUUACUUUUCCACGGCGAGCAUACUGCAUCUCUGCUGCAUAUCGGUGGACAGAUACUACGCCAUAGUGCGUCCGCUGGAGUACCCAUUGAAUAUGACACACAAAACGGUUUGCUUCAUGCUCGCCAACGUGUGGAUCCUGCCCGCCCUCAUAUCCUUCACGCCCAUCUUCCUGGGCUGGUACACAACGGACGAGCAUCUGCGGGAGGUGUCGCUGCAUCCGGACCAGUGCUCAUUUGUGGUCAACAAGGCCUACGCCCUCAUCUCCAGCUCCGUGAGCUUCUGGAUACCCGGCAUCGUGAUGCUGGUGAUGUACUGGCGCAUCUUUAAGGAGGCGAUACGCCAGCGCAAGGCCCUCAGCCGCACCAGCUCCAACAUCCUGCUGAACAGCGUCCACAUGGGCCACACCCAGCAGCCCACCAACCUGAGCUAUCUGCAUCCCAGCGACUGCGAUCUGAAUGUGGCAUCUGCUCGUGAGGAGACGCACAGUGCUCUGAGCAACUUGGAGGACAUGCUGCAGCCUGCCACCGACGAGGACGACGACAGGGACGAGUGCGAUGAACUGCGAGUGCCGUCGCCUCCGCCGCGCCGCCUCAGCCGCAGCAGCAUCGACCUGCGCGACCUGGAGCAGGAGCGGUACGAGAAGGUCACCCACACGGACAGCGCCCCCUCGAUGAUGGCCCUGCAGCAGCAGCAGCCGUCGCACAACCAGCUGCAGCCACCGGCGCCAGUGUUCAACCCGCAGAUAUGGACGGAGGGCAAGAUGCUGCCGUCGAAGGAGCUGGAGAAGGAGCAGCCGCAUCCCACCGCUCCGCAGCAGCAGCUCAGCCUGACCAGCGGCAGUGGGAACAGCGAACCGGAGCCGGAGUCCACGGCCUACCGGGUCUUCGGUCUCAACAGCGACGAGAGCGAGGGCAACGACCUGUACGACACCCACCUGCCGCUGGCCGAGGACAACAAGGAGCUGAAGCGCCUGAUCGAGGACAACUACCUGUACUUCAAGCGGCAGACGGGCGGCACCAUCAUCAGCGGUCCGGGGGGCGGCAAGUACGCCGCCCUCAGCGAAACGGACUUCAUCCGCCUGAAGGCGGGAGCAGCGGCCUGCGGGCGGAAGGCCAUCGCCGCCAGCGAUUCCGAGUUCCUGCGCACCAUCAGCGAGUCGAGGGCCGCGCCGGAGCAGCCGCUGCCUGGGAAGGAGAAGGGCUUCAACAUCCUCUCGCUGCUGGCCAAGACCAAGCGCUCGAGCACCGAGUGCUUCGCGCUGGAGAAGAAGCGCCACCAGGCCAACUCCGAGGGGUCCAGCUUCUUCCGGCGCGCCCGAAACCGGAAGUUGUCGCACAGCUACAACGGAUGCGGCGGCGGCAAGGAACGCAAACUUGAGCGACGCCAGCGGCAGCACAGCGAUACGGACUCCACGCCCAACAAGCCGGACAUCCUGCUGGACAUCAAUGUACUCAGCGAGCAGACCGGCGCCAGCGUGAUCCAGCACUUCAGCGAUGGAGUGCAGCUGAUUGACUUCAGCGAGAUCAAGACUCCGGAGAGGAUUCGCAGCGACGACGAGCUGGCCCAGCUGGCCGACUGCUUCGGGGAAUCCCCACAGCAGCCGGCCACGCCGCCGCCGUCGUUGUCGCCGCCGGAACUGCCGGAACCGAGUGGCCUGCUGAUCGCCAGCAGCUCCGAGCUGGCCGAGAUCUUUCGAUCGCUGAGCUUUCCGCUGGGCCGCCCGGCCGGAGCUCCCCAGCGCCUGAGCACGCUGAGCGACCAGGUGUGCGCCAACUAUCUGAUGUCCCCACCGAACACACCGGCUCCACCGGCCAUCUCCGUGCCCAACGGAGCUGUCAUGGACUCCUCCUCCUCCAACGCGCAGUCGGCGUCCAUCAAUGUGUACUUCCUGUCGCCGCCGCCGCAUGCCGCCGGACCUGGCUACACGCCCAGUGACGCCUCGACCGUGUCCCUGGAUGUGGUGACCACCCUGCCAAUGCCCGUGCCCGUGCCCAAUCCGCAACUGCCCUCGCAGCCCAACAUAUCGCCCAAGCCGGAGAUCAUACUCGAUUCCACGCUGUCGCCCGUCGAAGGAUGUGGCGAUGAGCACCGCGAUGUCACGUCGCCGCUGUUCAAGCGCAAAGAUAGCGCCGGCGAUGCGGACGUGAGCGUUUCCGGGGGGCUGGGAGUUGGUGGUGGCCGCCAAGGACGCUGCAGCAUCCUGGCCGGCUACGAUGGCAUCCAGACCGUGCGCAAGCGACAGGCGUCCGUGGUGACCUACGACGUGAAUGUCAUAAACUUCUCGCAGGAUAACAGCGACAGUCGCAGCUACAUCCCCAUGGGCCGCGUUUCCACCAGUUCAGCAAAGCACGAAUUUUCCAAUAAAUCCUCGCUGAUCCGACGCGGCGGCAUCUGCAUCUUUGUGGAUGAGGAGGAGGCGGAGACCACUGAGCAGCGGCCCCGCGGCAUCACCUUCGCCGCGGUGCCCAGUCCGCUGCCCAAGUGUCCGCUCUGCGGCGCCGACAUCAGCAGCACCACCGCGAACGCAAACGCAAACGCCAACGCCGGCACCACAAUCGACACCACUGAAACCACCAAUGCAAGUGCAAGUGCAACUGCAAGUGCUAGUAGUAAACGUAGUAGUCACGAACCAACCCCCGAUCUUGGCCAGGGGCCCAGGUCCAGGUCCGGGGCCAGUUCCACCCGCUUCUGGCACAAGCGAACGGCGGCGGUCACAGCAUGUUGGCGGCAGAGCAAGAACCGGAAGCGCCGCUUCAAGACCGGAUGCAGUCACUGUGGUGCAACCGGCGGUUCCGUGCGCCCGGCCAAAGGAUGGAAGGCCGAACACAAGGCCGCCCGCACUCUGGGCAUCAUCAUGGGCGUCUUUCUGCUCUGCUGGCUGCCCUUCUUUCUGUGGUAUGUCAUCACAUCGCUCUGCGGACCAGCGUGCCCAUGUCCCGAUGUGCUCGUCGUCGUGCUUUUCUGGAUCGGUUACUUCAACUCCACGCUGAAUCCGCUUAUAUACGCCUACUUUAAUCGCGAUUUCCGCGAGGCAUUCCGCAAUACGCUGGAGUGUGUGCUACCCUGUUUGGAGAAACGAAAUCCGUACAACGCCUACUACGUCUAGACCGGAUAGCGUCUGCACCCCCUUCGAUACGGAACAAUGCCCCUAUAAGUGAUAUUUAAUACUUGAGUGAAUUGUUAUACCAAAGGAGGAAAAACAAAGGAAGGAAAAACACGAGGAAUGGCGAAAACAGAAGCAUUCGUGCAAGGAUCUGUGUAGUUUGCAAAAUCCUUGGAGCUAAGCAAUACUCAAUGUGUGUUUAUGUAUACGUGUACAUUUUCAUUUAAGCAACGAUAGGGAAUUUAAAUUAAAGUUGUGUUCUAAGCCCGCCAAGCAGCGGUUGCAGGGACAAUGCUGCCCCGGAACUAUACUAUCCAUAUAUAAGUGUUGUUGUCCAACUAAACAGGAGAUAUACGUAAAAAAUAUACAUAUGGAAGAGUUAAAACCAAUUAGAAAACGCGCGACUAUGCAUAGAAAAAUUCCAAUUUCAAAUGAAAUGUUGUCAAAUGAAUCGUAAGAAACAUGUAAGGUCACUUCGGCUUGUCGGAGAUAAGACACUUUUUCCAUAGAUCGUUUGAGUACUACGCAGUCUAAAAUUGGCUAAUACAUUUUAUUGAGAAGGUUACAACACCAUCUUAGCUUUUGAAUUGCCGACUUUCUUUAUAUAUUUAUAUUAAUAUCAGUUAAAAAAGCAAUAGUUUUUAUUGGUGUACAAAUUAGAUAAAGAUAUGUGGAAAAGCUCAUGCUGACCAAGUUUAUUUGGUAAUUUACAAUGUAACAAUAAUUAUUUUCAAUAGCAAACUGCAUUAUGUUUAACUCGUUCUUAAAAAACGUUGGCGCUGAAAUUCCGAGAGCUUUUCUAAAAACUCAGUAUCAUGGAAAGAGUGCAAUGCCAUAAUCUUACCUAUAACAUUAAGUAUCAUAUGUAACCUAGAACAUUAGCAAACCAAAUCUACAUAAUCCAGUUAAAAGAAAUUAAAAAUUAUAAAUUACGCAAUCGAAAUUAUGUAUAGAAAAAUAUAGAAUGAAAGG